AUGGGUUGUUGUUCUGUUGUUGAUCUGUUGCGGGUGGCUGUGCUGUGGCUUGGGGCUGUUUGCGCAUCUCUGUGUCGACUGUUCAGCAUUGCUGGUCUUUCUAGUGCUAGAAGUUGUUCCCAGUUGGCAAUUUUUUUCGGGUAUUGGGCUGUCCUCUUGUGUUAUGUGGGGUUGUUUUGCCUUGGUGUGCUGCUGAUUGGGGCUGGAGCUGAUCUGCUAUGUUGUGCCAUUGUCCUGCUAACACUUUGCUGCCAUGUUUUUGUAGUAGUAUGGGCUGAUCAACGCAUCUCAGCUCGCUGGCUUCAUCUUUAUCCCUUUGUGGCUGCUACUGCAGCACUAGCUUGUAGCUACUGUUUGGGAAUUGAAGUUGUUUACAACAUUGGCGUGCUUGUGGAGCUGGAUUUAAAGUUGCCUUCUACUUCUCUCAGCUGGAUUGCAGCUGGGUUUCACAUUAGUUUUGGGGGACUGCACAUUUCUGGCAGCUUUACUGUUCACGUGACUGCUCAUCUGGUUGUUGCGGCUGGUUUGGGUUUGUGGACUGCUUCAAAUUAUGGCUCACAUGUUCCUUGGUGCUGCUUUUCUGUUGCUAAUACAUGCUAUUGGCUUGCAUCUGGUUUGCUUGUGGCGCAGAAUUGGCCCUGUUUUUAG